AUGAUGACCUUUGACCACUUCCAGAUUCUCCGGGCGAUUGGGAAGGGAAGCUUUGGCAAGGUGUGCAUUGUGCAGAAGAGAGACACGGAGAAGAUGUACGCCAUGAAGUACAUGAACAAGCAGCAGUGCAUCGAGAGGGACGAGGUGCGCAACGUGUUCAGGGAGCUGGAAAUCCUGCAGGAGAUCGAGCACGUCUUCCUGGUCAACCUCUGGUACUCCUUCCAGGACGAGGAGGACAUGUUCAUGGUGGUGGACUUGCUUCUGGGUGGCGACCUGCGCUACCACCUGCAGCAAAACGUUCAGUUCACGGAGGAAACGGUCAAGCUGUACAUCUGUGAGAUGGCCCUGGCUCUCGACUACCUCCGGAGCCAGCACAUCAUCCACAGAGAUGUAAAGCCAGACAACAUCCUCCUCGACGAGCAAGGUCAUGCACAUUUGACAGAUUUUAAUAUUGCAACAAUAAUUAGGGACGGUGAAAGAGCAACUGCAUUAGCUGGAACAAAGCCAUACAUGGCCCCAGAGAUUUUCCACUCCUUCCUGAACGGCGGGACAGGCUACUCCUUUGAGGUUGACUGGUGGUCACUGGGCAUCAUGGCUUACGAGCUGCUGCGGGGCUGGAGGCCGUAUGACAUCCACUCCAGCAACCCCGUGGAGUCGUUGGUUCAGCUCUUCAGCACUGUCAGCGUUCAGUACUCGUCUGCGUGGUCAAAAGAGAUGGUGUCUCUGUUAAGGAAGCUGCUGACAGUGAACCCCGAGCAUCGCUUCUCCUGCCUGGCUGAUGUGCAGACCUCAGCCUACCUGUCUGGUGUGGUGUGGAGCGACGUGUGCGGGAAGCAGGUGGAGCCAGGCUUCGUCCCCAACAAGGGCCGCCUGCACUGCGACCCCACCUUCGAGCUGGAGGAGAUGAUCCUGGAGUCCAGGCCCUUGCACAAGAAGAAGAAGAGGCUUGCGAAGAACAAGUCAAGGGAUAACAGCAAGGACAGCUCACAGUCUGUGAACCCCAGGGCUCUGCCAGGCUCCUGA